GUUAUUUUAUAUAUAUUAUAUAGGCCUACUGUAUUUUUCUCGGUAUAGUUUAAUCGUACAAAAAUACAGGUUGCCUACCGUCCAACAUUUGCUUCAGCUGUUGCUACAUGAUGUCGCACAAUGUUGCUGUAAUUUCCCCAAACAACCCGCAAUCAAUGAAUCACGGCAUCAAAGGCUUGUUGAAACCAUGUGUCGAGCGAACGCAUUUGAGGGACGAAUUAUUUUCAGUAUUAAAUUGCUUAUUUAAAACAUGCGUUCAUAUGCAAACUAAAGCUUAGUGAUUAAAAUACUUACACGUAACGAAAUAUAGUUUGAAGUUUCGCUUUAUUGUGAAUGUAAUUCAGAAAACUGCAUUAUAUCAUUCAUCUGUGGCUGUACUGAGGACUGAGAUGCUAUGCAUGCAUUGUCACAUGUAUUAAAAAAAAAUAAAGAUAUUAUUAUUAAAACUAUUAUUAUCAUCCUUUAUUGUUGCCAUUUAUUCUUUUUUAGAAUACUAGUACUUGUACUAAUUCUAAUAAUAAUUAUUAUUAUUAUUGUUAUAGUUUUUGUUAUUUAUCGCGUUUAAGGGAGCAGCAUGCGUACAGCAGAAGUCGGUUUCAGUACCUUGGAGAGCAGCUCAGUAUCAAUGCCGUAUUUUCUGUAUCAUUUACGACCCUAUAAACAAAAGAUACUUAUUUAUUUAGAUAUUUCCAAUAAAGACUCAUUUAGUGCUGACUUUUCGCACACACACACACAAAAAUGGCAUUUAGUUUAUGCAAUUUGUCGCUUUUGGCUGUGAAGCGCCUGUGAAAUGUCACGUGUCACUGCUCUUAUCUGGAAAAGAAAAACACAAACUCGUGACGCAUCUCAGCUUAAAAUUAGACUUGCAUUUACGCAACACAUUUGCAUAAAAUCCAGCACGUCUGUCUAUAAAUUGCAGUGUUUUGGCCCCACAGUGAACAUAAGAGUUUUCUCCUCAUUUAGGCAGAGUUGGAGUUUGGUGUCGACACAAAGACUAAUUGGAUAUAUUUAUUUGAGAUAUAGUGGCCUAUUUAUCCUCUAAGAAUCGAUGAAGACGGACAGUAUAGUGCAGAACAUUCCGCUGAGCGGCAGAAAGCGCAGUCUGAUCGAGGACUCACGGCGCGACAGAGAGAGCGGCUCGCCAUCUCCGGGCCCCUCGCGCUGCGGGGACAGCUUCGUGUUUGAGGAGGAGAAAAGCGGUAAAGUCACUCUCAACAUCCUCUUUGCUCUCAAAAAUGAGAAAAACGCAGGCUUCUUCAAGGCUGGCAAAGUCUUUGAGACUUUCGAAGCAAAGCUCCUCCAUUUGGAGAGUCGACCGAGCAGGAAGUCUAAGAAGAGCGGUGGAGAUGAUCUGGAGUUCUUCAUGAAGUGUGAAGUGCACUGCUCUGACACUGACAUCUUCAUCAACUCCAUAAAAAGAGUUGCAGAUGACGUGAGAAUAGUGCAAGAGGAAAAGAUUCCUUGGUUUCCAAAGAAGAUUUCUGACCUGGAUAAAUGCAAUCAUCUGAUAACAAAAUACGACCCUGAUCUGGACCAGGAUCACCCUGGAUUCAGUGAUCCGGAAUACAGAAAACGAAGAGGAAUCAUUUCUGAACUGGCUUUCAAAUAUAAGCAUGGUGACCCUUUACCUGUAGUGGAAUACACUCCAGAAGAGAUUGACACUUGGAGGGAGGUCUACAGGACUCUGGGUGGUCUGUACCCCACUCAUGCCUGCAGACAGUUUCUAGAAGCCCUAGGUCAGCUGGAGAGUGAAUGUUUGUAUGGGGAGGACAAGAUCCCUCAGCUAGGAGAAGUUUCUGCUUUUCUUAAAGAAAGGACAGGGUUUCAGUUGCGGCCAGUGGCAGGGCUGCUCUCUGCUCGGGACUUCCUAGCCAGUCUAGCGUUCCGGGUGUUCCAGUGUACUCAGUACAUUCGUCACCCUUCAGCUCCCAUGCAUUCCCCUGAACCUGACUGCUGCCAUGAACUACUUGGACAUAUUCCCAUGCUUGCAGACAAAGAAUUUGCUCAGUUUUCACAGGAGAUUGGACUUGCCUCGCUUGGAGCACUGGAUGAGGAUAUUGAGAAACUGUCCACACUAUACUGGUUUACAGUGGAGUUUGGUCUCUGUAAGCAAAAUGGAACAGUAAAGGCCUAUGGGGCUGGACUACUGUCCUCAUAUGGAGAACUUUUGUACGCCCUUUCUAAUGAGCCCCAAUACAAGCCAUUCAACCCAAUUGAGACUGCGGUCCAACCAUACCAGGACCAGUCAUAUCAGCCUGUUUACUUUGUGUCCGAAAGCUUUGAGGACACCAAACACAAGCUAAGGCAAUAUUCAUCCACAAUACAGAAGCCCUUCUCUGUUAGAUAUGAUCCCUAUACUUGCAGCAUGGAGGUUCUGGAUGAGCCUUCUAAGAUCCAGAAUGCUUUAGGGCAGAUGAGGGAUGACCUAAAGAUUUUACAUAAAGCCCUGGAGAGGCUGGGACAGAAAUAAACCCGAGUGCAAGAUACAGUAUCAUUUAUUUAAGGAAAGCUUUUCUGUAUGAAUAUGAGUAUUGCAGAUUACAUUGCAUGCGGUAUGGUGUUGAAAUGUGUACAGUAUAUGUGUGUAUUUGUGUCAUUAUCCCCUUCAAAUGUAAUGAAGAGUUCUGUUUACCAAAAUAAUAAAUAUCUUUAUUUUGACUA